CAGUCGUUUCUCGAAAGCGUGGUGAACGUGUUUCAACGUUAAGGAUAAUUAAAUAUCUUUUGAAGUGUUUAACAGAUUCUAAGAAAAAGUGUCGCGAGAAACCAUUUCUAAUACACGAAGGAACGAAGUUCCUUACAAACUUGCCUAUAAACUUCGCAAUCAACCUGAUCUGAGGAACGUGACUAACUUACCGAAAAUGACGGCAAUUACAGCAAGCGGCGAUGGACGAAGUGCUCAUGGACAAGCUUAUAAAGAUAAAAGUAAACCAACCGAUAUUCGUAGCAGCAACAUUAAUGCUGCAAAAGCUGUCAGUGAUGCAAUCCGUACUAGUCUUGGUCCUAGAGGAAUGGAUAAAAUGAUUCAAGCUGGUAAUGGAGAAGUUACUAUUACAAAUGAUGGUGCUACCAUUUUGAAGGAAAUGAAUGUUGUACAUCCUGCAGCAAAAAUGUUAGUUGAAUUAUCAAAAGCACAAGAUAUUGAAGCUGGAGAUGGCACUACUAGUGUUGUUGUUAUAGCUGGUUCUCUUUUGGAAGCUGCAGAGCGUUUGCUACAAAAAGGAAUACAUCCUACUUUGAUUAGUGAUGCUUUUCAAAAGGCUGCAGCUAAAGCUGUAGAAAUACUAACAAACAUGUCUAUUCCUGUUGAUUUAAAAGAUAAACAAUCACUUAUUAGAGCUGCAGCAACCUCUCUGAAUUCGAAGGUUGUCUUUCAACAAUCAAGCCUUUUAGCCCCAUUGGCAGUAGAUGCUGUAUUAAAGGUUACAGAAGAAGAGAAAGAAAGUAUUGUUGAUCUCAAUAAUAUAAAAGUAAUCAAGAAAUUAGGUGGUACAGUUGAAGACACUGAACUUAUAGAAGGAUUAAUAUUUACACAAAAAUCUUGUAAUGUUAAUGGACCAAAACGUAUUGAAAAAGCAAAAAUAGGUUUAAUUCAGUUCUGCAUUUCUCCUCCUAAAACGGAUAUGGAUCACAAUGUAAUUGUAUCUGAUUAUGCUGCAAUGGAUCGUGUUUUGAAAGAGGAAAGAACUUACAUAUUAAAUAUUGUAAAACAAAUUAAAAAAGCUGGUUGUAAUGUACUGUUGGUACAAAAAUCUAUUCUUCGCGAUGCUGUCAGUGACCUAGCUAUACACUUUUUAGAUAAAAUUAAAGUUAUGGUGAUUAAAGAUAUUGAGCGCGAGGACAUUUCAUUCGUAUGCAAAACAUUAGGUUGUAGACCAAUUGCAUCGUUGGAUCAUUUUGUUGCUGAAAAUCUUGUUAAUGCAGAAUUAUGUGAAGAAGUACAGACUGGAAAUUCUAAAUUUGUUAAGAUCACUAAAAUACAAAAUCCUGGUCCAACAGUAACAAUUCUUAUACGGGGAAGCAAUAAAUUGGUUUUAGAAGAAGCAGAACGUUCGUUGCAUGAUGCAUUGUGUGUAGUGCGUUGUUUAGUAAAACAAAAAGCUUUAAUUGCUGGAGGGGGUGCACCUGAGAUAGAGCUUGCAUUAAAACUAGGCGCAUAUGCCCAAACAUUAAGUGGUGUUGAUGAUUAUUGUAUUAAAGCUUUUGCAAAUGCUUUUGAGGUAAUACCAUCGACACUAGCAGAAAAUGCAGGAUUAAACUCCAUUGCAACUGUAACGGAACUUCGAAAUCGGCAUGCUAAGGGUGAACAUACUGCCGGAAUUAAUGUGCGAAAAGGUUCGAUUACUAACAUUUUGGAGGAAAAGGUGAUUCAACCUCUUUUAGUUUCUACAAGUGCUAUUACACUUGCUUCAGAAACUGUUCGCAGUAUAUUAAAGAUCGAUGAUAUCGUAAAUACAAACCAGUAAUUUAUAACAAAUAUCUAUUUUACAUGUGAGAUGCACCGCAAAUUUUUUUUCGAUUACGAAAUGUCACAUUAUAAUU